AUGAGUGAGACUUCAAAUACACCACUGCCAACCGAUCGCUCGAAUAGCUCUUGGCGUAUACCAAAGGCUUGCCAGGAAUGUCGAAAACGUAAAAUCCGCUGCAGCGGACUGAAUCCAAUGGUUUUAACCGUAUUUCCCCAAGUUGCAAAACAUGCAAACAGCGUGAUACGCCCUGUAUCUAUAGGGAUUUUAUACGACAUCGGCGCAAGAAACAUGAAUAUCAAGAGGCUCGACAGCAUGAUCAAUCCCGUCAAGCUUCUCCAAUUUUGA